GCGCGAGGCCACCGCCAUCCGAACCGUGUCCGCGCCGCCGUGCACCCGCCCGUCCCGGUUCCGAAGUGCCCACCGCCCGCCCUCCGCGCUCCCGCGCUUCGUUCCGCCAGGCCGCGCCCAGCUGGAAUGCAGAGAUCGCCGCCCGGCUACGGCGCACAGGACGACCCGCCAGCCCGCCGCGACUGUGCGUGGGUCCCGGGCCCCGGGGCCGCCGCUGAGCUGCGCGGCCUCCCCGCGGUCCCCGCGGUCCCCGCAGCGCCCGCCUCGCCGUCCAGCCCGCCGCGCAGCCCGCCGCGCAGCCCCGAGCCGGGGCGCUAUGGCCCCAGCCCAGCGGGCCGCGGGGAGCGCCAGGCGGCCGACGAGUCGCGCGUCCGGCGGCCCAUGAAUGCCUUCAUGGUGUGGGCGAAGGACGAGCGCAAGCGGCUGGCGCAGCAGAACCCCGACCUGCACAACGCGGUGCUCAGCAAGAUGCUGGGCAAGGCGUGGAAGGAGCUGAGCACCGCGGAGAAGAGGCCCUUCGUGGAGGAGGCGGAGAGGCUGCGCGUGCAGCACCUGCGCGACCACCCCAAUUACAAGUACCGCCCGCGCCGCAAGAAGCAGGCGCGCAAGGCCCGGCGGCUGGAGCCCGGCCUGCUGCUCCAAGGCUUGGCGCCCCCGCCGCCCGAGCCUUUCCCUGCGGCGCCCGGCCCUGCCCGUGCCUUCCGCGAGCUGCCCACGCUGGGCGCGGAGUUUGACGGCCUGGGGCUGCCCACGCCCGAGCGCUCGCCGCUGGACGGCCUGGAACCCGGCGAGGCUGCCUUCUUCCCGCCGCCCGCGGCGCCCGAGGACUGCGCGCUGCGGCCCUUCCGCGCGCCCUAUGCCGCCGCCGAGUUGCCCCGAGACCCCGGAGGCUGCUACGGAGCACCCUUGGCCGAGGCCCUCAGGACCGCGCCUGCCCCCGCCGCGCCGCUCUCCGGCCUCUACUACAGUGCCCUGGGCGCGCCCGGCCCGGGCCCGUAUCCCGGCCCGCUGUCGCCGCCGCCCGAGGCCCCGCCGCUGGAGGGCGCCGAGCCGCUGGGGCCCGCCGCCGACUUCUGGGCCGAUGUGGACCUCACGGAGUUCGACCAGUACCUCAACUGCGGUCGGACUCGGCCCGACGCCGCCGGGCUUCCGUACCACGUGGCGCUGGCCAAGCUGGGCCCGCGCGCCAUGUCCUGCCCGGAGGAGAGCAGCCUGAUCGCCGCGCUGUCCGACGCCAGCAGCGCUGUGUACUACAGCGCGUGCAUCUCCGGUUAGGCCGCCGCGCCGUCCGCCCGCGCUUCGCAGCCGCAUCGCUGUGCCUCGCUGCUCUGUCGCUGUCUCAAGUGUAUGUUGCGGCCCCUUGUAACAGUCCGGUAGGAACCUCGACGCUCACGCUCGGCCCCCGGCCCGCGGGCUCCCUGCAAGGGUGGUCCCCACGCGUCCCGGGCUUUUCCGGGAAGCCCAGGCCUGGGACCUGUUCGCGAGCCUGCCAGGGCUACAUUUUUGAAGCGCCUAAUCGUAACCCUGCUCCUGCAGUGCACUUCCUAGAAGCAGGCUGUAUUUUUUACUUUGCCUUUUUUAUAUACAUAAUACAACAUAUUUAAUUUUUAAUUAAACUUGCAAACAUUUUCUUCCAAGGGAUUUCAGUGAUCAAAAGCAUCAAUGUAGCAAGGGCUUUUUAAACAUGAGGAAUAACAAUGUCUCUUUACUGUAAAGGAGAACCCUGGAGUCCGGUCCCCCUGGGCCAGGCCAGGCCCCAAUAAAGCACCUCACC